GGCCUGCCUCUUCGCCUCUCCUCUCGUGGCUCUAUCUCCCCCCUUUUCUUUCUCCUCUCUCGGCCCCACCUUCUCUCGCACGGCCUCCAUUGUUGAAGCCUCUGUGACAUCCGGCGCCGCCAUGGGGACGCAGGCACAGGAGAACUACCCUCCUGCCAAGGCCGAUGAAAGGAGCGCAAAGGAGAAGGCGAUCGACGACUGGCUCCCGAUCACCUCGUCGAGGAACGCCAAGUGGUGGUACUCCGCCUUCCACAAUGUCACCGCCAUGGUUGGUGCCGGCGUGCUCAGCCUUCCCUACGCCAUGUCUGAGCUCGGCUGGGGUCCCGGCAUCGCAGUGCUGGUCUUAUCAUGGAUCAUCACGCUGUACACGCUGUGGCAGAUGGUGGAGAUGCACGAGAUGGUGCCGGGCAAACGUUUCGACCGGUACCACGAGCUGGGGCAGCACGCGUUCGGCGAGAAGCUGGGGCUAUGGAUCGUGGUGCCGCAGCAGCUGGUUGUCGAGGUGGGCGUGAACAUCGUGUACAUGGUCACCGGCGGCAAAUCCCUGAAGAAGUUCCACGACGUGAUUUGCGACGACAAGUGCAAAAGCAUCAAGACCACCUACUUCAUCAUGAUCUUCGCCUCCGUCCACUUCGUGCUCUCCCAGCUCCCCAACCUCAACUCCAUCUCUGGCGUCUCCCUGGCUGCCGCCGUCAUGUCGCUCAGUUACUCAACGAUCGCGUGGGGCGCGUCGGUGGACAAGGGGAAGUUGCCGAACGUGGACUACCAUCUUCGGGCAACGACGACGCCGGGGAAGGUGUUCGGCUUCUUCGGGGCACUGGGGGAUGUGGCGUUCGCGUACGCGGGGCACAACGUGGUGCUUGAGAUCCAGGCCACCAUCCCGUCGACGCCGGAGAAGCCGUCCAAGAAGCCCAUGUGGAAGGGUGUCGUCGUCGCCUACAUCGUCGUUGCCCUCUGCUACUUCCCCGUCUCGCUUGUCGGGUACUGGGCCUUCGGCAACAUUGUCGAUGACAACAUCCUCAUCACCCUCAACAAUCCGAAGUGGCUCAUCGCCACGGCCAACAUGAUGGUCGUCAUCCAUGUGAUUGGCAGCUACCAGAUUUACGCGAUGCCGGUGUUCGACAUGCUAGAGACGGUGCUGGUGAAGAAGCUCCAUUUCCCUCCAGGCCUGACGCUCCGUCUGAUUACCCGGACCGUCUAUGUUGCCUUCACAAUGUUCGUAGCCAUUACCUUCCCCUUCUUUGGUGGAUUGCUCGGUUUCUUUGGUGGAUUCGCCUUCGCGCCGACAACUUAUUUCCUUCCCUGCGUCAUGUGGCUUGCAAUCUACAAGCCCAAAAGGUUCGGCCUCUCAUGGUUCGCCAACUGGAUCUGCAUUGUUCUUGGGGUGCUGCUGAUGAUCCUGUCGCCGAUCGGAGGACUUCGGCAGAUAAUCAUGGACGCCAAGACAUACAGUUUCUACUCAUAAACUACUAGUGCUCGUCGUCUUCCGACUCGUGAACAUGCAGGGAAUCGAUUACAUCGUCUAAUGCGAGUUUUUUUGACGUGCCAAAAAAUAGUUGGAAAUAUCAUAGUACGAAAUUUAAAACUUGUUCCAGAUGUGACGAUGGUUCGAGGCAUGUCGCGAGUCUGUUAAUUGUUGAUUAGUCCAGGGGGGGUUUGUGCUGGUUAAUCAUAUAUAGAUAUAUGUAUUGUUUCUCUAUACUCUAGGGCGAACUACGUGGCUUUAUUUUGUGUGUGCAUAAGGGAGAAUGAAUGCUGGUUGGUUGGUUUCUAUUGCUUA